CUUUGUAAAGCCGCUGCUGAGGGUGCGCGCACUGCCGCGGCAGCCGCCGAACAAAGGAGCAGGGCACCGCCGCCGGGACCCGCCACCGACCGCCCGGGCCGCGCCGGCCCGCCGCCAGCCGCCACCAUGACCGCCAACGGCACGGCCGAGGCCCUGCAGAUCCAGUUCGGGCUCAUCAACUGCAACAACAAGUACCUGACGGCCGAGACGUUCGGGUUCAAGGUGAACGCCUCGGCCAGCAGCCUGAAGAAGAAGCAGAUCUGGACGCUGGAGCAGCCGCCCGAUGAGGCGGGCAGCGCCGCCGUGUGCCUCCGCAGCCACCUGGGUCGCUACCUGGCGGCCGACAAGGACGGCAACGUGACCUGCGAGCACGAGGCGCCCGGCGCCGACUGUCGCUUUCUCAUCGUGGCGCACGACGACGGCCGCUGGUCGCUGCAGUCCGAGGCGCACCGGCGCUACUUCGGCGGCACCGAGGACCGCCUGUCGUGCUUCGCUCAGACCGUGUCGCCGGCCGAGAAGUGGAGCGUGCACAUCGCUAUGCACCCGCAGGUCAACAUCUACAGCCUGGCCCGCAAGCGCUACGCACACCUGGGCGCGCGGCCGGCCGACGAGAUCUCGGUGGACCGCGACGUGCCCUGGGGCGUCGACUCCCUCAUCACGCUGGCCUUCCAAGACCAGCGCUACAGCUUGCAGACGGCCGACCACCGCUUCCUGCGCCACGACGGGCGCCUAGUGGCGCACCCCGAGCCCGCUACCGGCUACACGCUGGAGUUCCGCUCCGGCAAGGUGGCCUUCCGCGACUGCGAGGGCCGCUACCUGGCGCCGUCGGGGCCCAGCGGCACCCUCAAGGCGGGCAAGGCCACCAAGGUGGGCAAGGACGAGCUCUUCGCCCUGGAGCAGAGCUGCGCCCAGGUCGUGCUGCAGGCGGCCAACGAGAGGAACGUGUCCACGCGCCAGGGUAUGGACCUGUCGGCCAAUCAGGACGAAGAGACCGACCAAGAGACCUUCCAACUGGAGAUCGACCGCGACACCAAAAAAUGUGCUUUCCGCACCCACUCGGGCAAGUACUGGACGCUGACGACCACCGGGGGUGUGCAGUCCACCGCCUCCACCAAGGAUGCCAGAUGCUACUUUGACAUUGAGUGGCGUGAUCGGAGGAUUAUUCUGCGUGCGUCCAAUGGCAAGUUCGUGACAGCCAAGAAGAAUGGCCAGCUGGCGGCCUCCGUGGAGACGGCAGGGGACUCGGAGCUCUUCCUCAUGAAGCUGAUCAACCGGCCCAUCAUUGUGUUCCGCGGGGAGCACGGCUUCAUCGGCUGCCGCAAGGUCACGGGCACCCUGGACGCCAACCGCUCCAACUAUGACGUCUUCCAGCUGGAGUUCCGAGACGGCGCCUACAACAUCAAAGACUCCACGGGCAAGUACUGGACGGUGGGCAAUGACGCGUCCGUGACCAGCAGCAGCGACACCCCGGUGGACUUCUUCCUGGAGUUCUGUGACUACAACAAGGUGGCCAUCAAGGUGGGCGGGCACUACCUGAAGGGGGACCACGCGGGGGUCCUGAAGGCCUGCGCCGACACCAUCGACCCCACCACGCUGUGGGAGUACUAGACCCCCGCCCCCGCGGCCCCUCCCUGCCCUGCCCCCGCCCCCGGCUAACUCUCUUCUCCUGGGGGGCUCCGCUGCGGGUGGCGAGCCCCUAGCCUUUCAAACUGGAAACCCAGAGCAAGCGGUGCCCUCACCGGUCGUCCUCCGGGGCAGGCCGGCGCUCUGACCUGGCCCUCGGUGGGCUGUCCCGGCCCUCUGCCCUCUCUUCUGCACCCUGGGCGAGGCUGGAACUUCUCUCUCCUGACCUCAGACGACUCUGAGCCUUAUUUCCCCCAAAGAGGCCGAGGAGGAGUGGGGGAGCUGGGAGGCCUUCCCGAGCCCCCGCCCCCCCCCCCCGGAAUGGCGGGGUGCGUAACUGGAAUCUCCUGUCCCUCCUGAGCCUCCCCCCACCCCCGCCCCCAGGAGCCACGCUCCCGCCCCAGGCCUGUCGGUGGCCCCCCUUUUGUCUGGACAGGUCGGGGCUGGCUCCUGCCCCUGCACACCCUGCUGGGAUCUGGGGACCCUGCCCCUGUCUCUCUUGGCUUUCCCUCUGGCCUGACUGGAAGCAGAAGAUGACCAAAUCAGUAUUUUUUUUUUUUUAAUGAAAUGUUAUUGCUAGAGGAGCCCCAGGCAAGCCUGGUUGUAGGCAUGAGUGGGCUUGAGGGGAUCUUGAGACAGAGGCCUCUCCUGGCCUCUGCGCCCUCUCCUCCCACUAGUGGUGGGGCAGGCGGGGCGCCUCUCCGAAUCCAAACUCCCCCACCUCCCCAGGGGCUUCCUCUGCCCCGCCCUCCCGAGUGCCCACCCCAGGCCUGGGUCUCACCUGGUGGUGCUGGGCCCCUCACCGCCUCAGCCAGGGCCCCGUGUGGUCGGUGCUCCUCGUCUGACCAGACUCCCGGUCGCAGCGCGGGAUGAAGCUGGGCGUGGCCCUCAACCCCUCAGCCGGGAGCACCCUGGAAGCCCUGCCCCUGCCGGCUCCCCUCCCAUCCGGUUAGUGUCCACCAUGCAUCUCACUCUGGGUGUCUUGGUCUUUUAUUUUUUGUAAGUGUCAUUUGUAUAACUCUAAACGCCCAUGAUAGUAGCUUCAGACUGGAAAGAGCAAAAUAAAAUAAUGCAAGUCUGCAGCCUUGA